AUGGAAACCGAAGGCAUGGAAACCGAAGGCAUGGAAACCCAAGGCAUGGAAACUCUCGAGAAGCUCCUAGCUUUCAAUACGGUCGAGGACAUGAGGUCAGCGUGGCUCGCAAUACCCCAAGAAACCCGCGAAUCCAACUGGCUGGGCAUGAUGAAAGCUGCGCUGGACUCUCGGCUCGAGAGCGUCGCCAUGCUGCUAGUAGCCACCAUCGGAGCAGACCGCACGCCAGGCUGGGCCGUGACAGACGUCUUUUCCGUCCUCGUCAUAUGGUACUCAAAACUGCCGGAAGCUAGCCGGAAGGACCAGCAGAUCCAACUCCCCCAGUUACUCAUUCACCUCCUCCGCUAUUUUCCUCCGAGCAGCUACCGGUUCCAACAAUGGACCCUCGGGCAAACCAUGUCCGACUGUGACCCCGAUUUGGUGGCCGAGAUAUACGCAGCGCUACAAGAGCACAAGCACCCUCUUCACUGGAACACCAAGCUCAAGAUCGCAGGGUGUCUUACGAAGAACACAAAGUACAAGCUGGCUGCGCUCAGGCUUUUUGAGAGUCUUUUUGACGACCCCAAAGCGGAUAUCCACGGCCGUCGCUGUGCGGCAUUGGCUACCGAGCUCUUCACAUUGCCCCAUGACUGGAAAGACCGGCGGACACCGGUAGAGGUGCGAUUGCUCGCCGAAGCGUUCGAGCGUGUCGUGGGUCGCGGCCUCUCUCCAAACAUCGUGACAUAUACGGCCAUGAUUCGGGCCUUGUGUUCAACCAACCAGCUGGACGCGGCUUGGAAAAUCUACGAGGUCAUGCGCAAUGCAGGCACCACGCCGGACGCCCACGUCUUUUCUGUCCUCCUGAACGGGGCCAAGCGUGCUCUCCGCCUUGGCUCGGCCAUCCGAGUCAUGGAAGAAGCAACACCCGAUGCCUUGCGAGAACCUUACAUCUGGAACGACCUGGUGCACACCAUCCUUUUGGCUGCGAUGGAAGAAGCUCCCCCGAUCACGCUCAGCCAGACCCCGGAUCCUCUACCGGCCUUUCCCUCCAUGCUCAAGGUUUAUUCCAAGUUCUUCGAUGUGAAGCCCCUGGAAAAGCUCAUACCUGGUGGCUUGGACGUCCCGACAAAUCAUAUUAUUACGGACUUGGCUUGGCAUGAGAAGUUGGGCCCGUUCAUCGAUCAACUACCCGCCGCCGCCCCUGAUAAGCUCGUCAGGCCCGGCCUCGAAAUCCUAGGCAUCAUGCUGACGGGCUACACCAAGAGCCUCUCUACCACCGACGACAUCCUGUCCUUUUACACGCACUUCCGAGGCUUACUAUCCAAGCGAGACCCGCUUCGCUAUCAAACUCCUAGAAGAAGAAUACACGCCCCUACGACCUCGUUCUCAAUUUUAUAUCUCGCCGCCCCGGGAUGCUAG